CAGUAUAUUCCCAUCUGAAACAUUACCACACAUCGGCGAUAUACUUAUGGAAAUGCAGAACAAUGGAUUGUGUGUAAGAAAAAUGAACAUGUACAAGCCCCACGAGCAAUAUCAAGGACAUCUGAAAUCCAUUUGCUAUGAAAGACCUGAACUAAGUCAAAUGUCAGAAAACAUGCCACCUCAUACGUUUUUAGCUGUCGAACUCUACGGGAAUAAUUCACAUGCUCAGUUUAAGAAACUUUGUGAAGAGGAACACGACAAGUCUUUCAGAAUACGUUUUGGCGGUAACAUUUACUAUUCUAACAACUCAUCAAAUUCCAAUGUCGAAUCGCAAUUUGUUUUUCAGGACAAUAGGGUGAAGCUAUUUUUAUGUUCCUCGGCACUUUUCAAAAAUAGUACUUUAUGCAUUAUAAAACCACACGCUUUACGUGAAGGGAAUAUGGGGAAAAUAAUAUCUCAAAUCCAAGCGAAUGGGUUUAUCGUUUCGGCCCUGAAAAUGUUUCAUUUCGCCCGAUCAAACUGCGAAGAGUUUCUCGAUGUUUAUAAAGGCGUGGUUCCCGAAUACGAAUCAAUGGUCAUGCAAAUGAUAAGUGGAGAUUGUGUUGGUCUUGAAAUAGUUAAUAAGUACGAUGAUGGAAUCAGUACUUAUCAAAGUUUUCGAAAUUUUUGUGGACCCGUUUGUCCGGAAAUAGCGUCUAUAACAAAACCCCAUACUUUGAGAGCACAAUUUGGAAUUAACAAAGUUAUGAAUGCAGUUUACUGUACAGAUUUGGAAGAAGAUACAAAAUUGGAACUAGAAUAUGUAUUCAAAUUUUUAGAAUGACGUUUUUACACCCUUAAAUUUAAAGCGUUAUUUUACUAUUUAGUCUUGAAGCUAAGAAUAUGCUCGUAAAUUUAAAAAAUGGAUUUACAAGCCAAAAAACAGCCAAAGAACAUUGAAAAGUAUACUUUGUACAGAAAUGCUAAAUCAUUUUAAAAUAAUCCAUCCAUAAAUUAUUACGAUACUCAGAACAAUUUUCCAAUGUAUGCAUGCAUGUGUGUAUAUUUUUCUACCACCCAGGUAGCAAGGCACGGCUUUGUGAAGUAGUUCCACCUCCCCGUUGUGCAGAGUGGAAACGUGUCUGCAGACUCGUCACCUGUGAGAACUACACGUCACACUUGGUGCAGCCAGCCCGCCGACAGCCAAGGAUUGAAAAACUCAUUCAAACGACCGACGGAGCCUGCAUCGCUCCGAUUUUUGCUCAUAAAAAUGCCCUGGAACGCGAAUGAGGUGUGAGCGAGAAUCUCCUGUUCUCACGAAUCAAGCCCGACCAAAACGAAAACACGACCAAGACUCCUGAUUCCUUUUUGCCUUGCUUCCUUCUUCGCACACAAAAUCUAGCAUCAACCCGACGAUUGCGUAGCAGCGAGUCGAUUCAUGAAACUUUUUACCAACCCGCUCAUGAGCCGUGUUAGUAAUGGUAUUAUUCUUUCCCGUGGAAUAAUGUUUGUCCCUUUGCAAAGCUUGAUCUUGAACAAACACUAACAGCAACAAAGAUGACGCCUAGCCGUGUUGGCUGGCUGUAAACACGCGUUGGCCAAAAGGAAUGGAAAAUAAGAAGAACAGUGUGCAUACGGCCGGCACAUCCAAUCCAUUUUAUUUUAUUGAUGUUAUUAUUCUUUGCAGGUAAAUAUGCCGAGCCAAAAGAAUUGUUUUGCUUCUUGCUAGUGCUGUUAUUAUUGCUUUCUACAAAAGAAUGUGCGUCACUUUUUGAAGCUACGAGUUUGGAGGAACAUCAAUAACAUCAACAGCAACAGUUUGCACUUGUGUAGGCCAAGCCUAUCUUUAAACGAUCGGUGCCCGGACGGUACGGACGGUUUGUCUCUGAGAAGGACGAGCCGAAAGAUUCCUUUUUCUUUUUUUUCUUCCUACUUUUUUCUUCUGAACUUCCUUCCCUAAACAGACAGCAAGCUCGGUAUAAAAAUUCUCAUGAAGCAAAUUCGAGUCUCUCGUGAUCCCGUUUCUCAGACUCGCUCAUGAAUGUUUUUUAAUAUGAGCAGCAUAGAAACCGCCGUCAUAGAAUCGUUUUUGUUGCUGCUCGUGCUUGUAUUGAACACAAACGAAUAGCGAGCCGGCGGCGAAGCAUUUUCGUGUGCGUUUCGAGGAGUGAGCGAUUUUUAUAGUCCUUAGUUUAUAGUCGACAGCUGCGUGCCGAGUGUGGCACAAACGUGGUGCGACUGGGUGUCUUGGCACCAGUGCUCAGUCGCAAGAGGGAGGGGUCGCAGGGCGAACAAGUGCCGUCCUAGUCAAGUCCUAGCCCCGAUUCGCGGGUAUGAUCGACUCAAAACGGGAAUAGAGCCAUGUGCCGUAAACAUGUCCCAGUGGUUGGGCCUCAGACUCAGACUGAGUCUCGAAGAGUCGAGACGGAGAACAUGAUAGGUGAUGUGAGUAUCUCCAGACUCGAGGAGAGGCGAGUUGUUCUCGUCUUGAAUUGGGUCAAGAGACGGAUCGAUAGAGGGCCCUCAAGACACGAAGAGAAGCGAGUUGUUUUCGUCUCGAAUUGUGUCAAGAGGGAUGAGCGUGAGAGAGUCUCGAAUCACGAGGAGAGGCGUCGGUCCUUGAGCCUCAAAUUGUGGCAAGAGGCCGAAUGUAGGCCUCGAGUCACGAGUAGCGGCGAACGGAUUGCCAACCCGUGAGUAGCUUAUCGUGACAGUAAAGAGAAGAUCUUUGCAGGUGUAGAACGAACAAAUGAGUAUUGCCGUGGAGCGCUUUGCGAGAGUAUGGUCUCCCAUCAUGGGUUCAGCCUUCGUUGCAGGUCCGGAUUAUGGCCAGAGGCCCCAGGUAGACUUUAUGGUGUAGGGGUACAUAGUAUCAUUAGUCACCAAUUGCACCCAUACACCCAGAGUAGCAAACUGGGGGACGCGGUGGCUUGCCGUGCCUUGGAAUGCAAUCCGUAAAAAGGAUUUACCACCUGGGUGAUCAACUAAUAAAAAAGGUAGCAAGGCACAGCCGAUACCUGCGAGCAAGUAUUGCUUUCUAACUUGAUCAAGAUUCAUCAACUGGAUGAGUUCAAAAUAACUAAAUAGGGAUAGGAUGAUUUCAAAGUAGUCGAUGAUUCCUUUGAAUUCAGCCACAGUAUUUGAAAGACCCAAAUACCAUCUAGUCGAUAACCCACUGAGGAUGCUAGCAAGUAGCUAGUAUUUGGGUCUUUCAAUUUUUUUUUUUUUUUUUUUGUAUGGGUUUAUGAGCUACCUGGCUGACCCGGAAAGGAAAAACAGAUCGGGGACAGAAGAGGAAAAUUAACAUGAGAGUAGAAUAGCUUAGAGUAGGAUAGCGGCAGCAGAGCCCGAGGGUUCUGAAGCACCAGUUGAGGGAAGCGUUAAGAUAGUGCUCGACGGACUGGGACAAUUGGGCCCUACAUGAGCUUCGAGUUAACCCAACCUCCAAUUCAACCGAGCAGUAACAGUAUGGUAGCAAAAGUUAUCAUAUGCCAACGCCUCGAUAUCAUUGUCAGAAGGGUUCACUAUCUUACCGUAGUUUGUUAUCCCUACCUGUCACCUAACCCCAGAUAACCAGAAAUCGUAAAGCAUUGUUCAUUGUAGAUUGUAUAAGCAUCCAGUUUAAAUUGGAAUUGUAUAAACAUCAUGUUGUAGCUAAACCAAGUUAUAUUUUAUCGUUAAUGGUUUGUACAGUUCAUUAUAUACGAUAACAUUUUGUUAAUCGUAUAGAAAGAUCAAUAAAGUUAAUUUAAAUCCCAGUAGAA